CAGUGCCCAAGACUUGAAUGUCCUACAUUAUAAUCACCUUAACAAAGGCGCCGAAAAUACACAGAAUAAUCAUGGUGUAAAAUGUUUGUGUGCAUAUCUAAGCCACCAUUUAACCCCUGGCCCCCCAUGGGACUAUAAAUACCGCACCUUUUGAUUUUUACCUAUCAGCUAAUCUGGCAGUAUCUGAGAUAGGGUGGACGGAAGAAGCGCACUGUCUAGAAUAUCACACCAGCGGGCGAAGAGGGAUUGUCUACAGUUCUCGAGCUCUGCCUAGUAGAAUAUUAAUUUGCCCUCCCUCCAGUCAGCCACAACAAUCAUCACAAGAGACUCAACGCUAAAGUGGUACCCGACACAAGAAGUGCGCGCUUGAUUCAACUUUGAACCGUCGCAGGGCAAAAAAAAAAGCCGUCAACGCAAGUACCACGUAGCUGUAUUCGUCCAUGCCACGAGAUCAAAAAGACGUGAGCUUGGCUGGCACAGUAUGAGAAGACGAAGAAGCGGACAAAGCCACCAGAAUACGAUCAGAAAUAUCCGUGCAGUUGUGCUUGGAAAAGAUGGCGUAGGGAAGUCAGCCCUAACGGUUCGAUUCCUCACGCGAAGAUUCAUCGGCGAAUAUGAUAACACUUUAGAGGCUACCUAUAGACAUCAUUUGAUUGUUGAUGGGCAGUUUAUCUCACUUGACAUCAUGGAUACGGCUGGAAAGAAUUCGGUAGAGAAAAUGUCCACAUGUUUGACGUUUGCGGAGCUCUUUUUCAUCGUAUAUUCGGUCACGGAUCGAACAUCAUUCGACGAAGCUCGUCUGCUCGUGAAAUACAUCCAGAACGACAAGACGGCGCAGACGGCAGCCCCGACCAUGAUUAUCGUGGCCAACAAAUGCGACUUGACACACCUUCGCCAGGUGGAGGAGAUCGAAGGGCAGAUGCUGGCACGGAGCAUGGAGGGACUAUUCUUCCCUGUGUCGGUAUCAGAGGGGUAUAGCGAAAUACAAGAGAUUUUGGAGGAAUCAUUAAGACAAUGCAUGAAUAGAGAGAGGAACAAAGGCUCCCGGAUGUCAAGGGUUAAGGAGGGACUUAGAGGGACCGCGAAAUCGCUACGGAGGAAAUCCACAGGCGAUGCUAUGAUGGACCCAAGACCAAGCACACUAGGCCAAAGCACCUCCAGACCUUCGAGUUACUUGUCAAUAGCAGAAUAGCAAGGUGGCGUCGCGCCGAAAAUGCUAGUAUCAAAGUGGGAAUGUCCGCGCGCGCAAUAUGUGGUACUGGACCAUUAAUAAGUUCCAUCGACUUUAAAAAAAAAAGUCAUUGUUGUGCCAUCUCCCACAAUCUUUGUCUUUUUUAGAAAAUAUUUUCAGGUCGGGUUUGAUUGUUUGGUUUGGUUGGUUGCGCGCUAUUCCCAAACGAGACAAGGAUUUUAGAUUCUGGGAUAUGGCCAAUUUUGAAUCUAGCGCGAUAAAUUACCCGAUAAUUCGUCUAGCGUGAACAUUUCUACAGUAUUAUAAAUUUAAAAAAUGGGUGAACCAAUAUUACCUCUAUAAUUGUUACUAGGUACUUUUGUUGACAUUUAUGAUUAAAAGAAUUAAAAGAAGACAGGGGGCAUGACAACGGGGAGGUUUUUUUUUCAGACAAGCUUACACGUCUUCAUACAAUGAUUGCAUUUCUCAAUUUAUACAACCUUUUUUUCGGAAGCCUUCAUUUUUGUGAACAUCAAUCAUUCUAGGGACUACAGUAACAGAGUUCCGGUGAUGAUGAUAAUGAUGAUGAUGAUGGUGAUGGUGAUGAUGAUGAUGGUGGUGAUGAUAAUUAUGGUGGUGGAUGUGGUGAUGGUGAUGGUGAUGAUGAUGGUGAUGAUGAUACAUAUCAAGAAAAUUUAGCCAAAAAUUGUCGUUUUUUCCAGACUCGGUCACUGACAUAUAAGAAAACUAAUGUAUUCCUUAUUUGGAAAACCUGCAUGAUUUUUAUCACUUUUAAGGCUGCCGCCGUACCGCAGGUGCUUCGCAAAAUUUAUGAAUUGUAUUCAGAAGAGAAAAACAGUGACUGUGACCAUCUUUAGUCAAUAGAGAAAGCCUCUGAAAAUUAACGAAAAUUCCCCGGUACCAGCCCCUAAAACGACAACGGUUUCUUCAUAUGAUGAUGGUGAUCAUGGUGGUGAUGAUGAUGAUGGUUGUGGAGGAAGUGGUGAUGUGUUAAGGUUGAUAAUGAUGUCAUGACGACGAUAAUGAUGACUGCGGCGAUUACGGUGAUGUUUUUGUUUUUAUGGUUUUGCUUUAUUGAUAAUUAUGUGGUUGUUGUAUGUAAGUUGUGUAUUAGUACUGCUACUAGUUCUGUAAUCAAAGAAAGGAAAAGAUCUUACCCCGUGUCUGAUGCAUCAGA